AUGGCUUCGAGGGAUCAUAACACGAAAGAAAAGAAUCUCACAUGUUUUGUUACUGAUCGUUUCAAUAGCUGUCGUGCUUUUCCUGUGGAUGGUUCUGCAAGUAAUGAAGAGAAGAAUAAAGAGGUUCUUGAAUGUUCUUCAAGAUCCUCUGUUUUAAAAACAGGGGAACCUCUGCAGAUUCCUUCUUCCAACCACAAUCCAACUUCUUCUCCCCUAGAGACCAAUUCCAAUCCGUUUUGUAAUCCGGGUCAACCUGAGACCUCUUCAAGAAAUGGUGUCAUCAUUGGAGCUUCUUCUCUGGUUCAGAUUUGGGAAGCUCGGUCGCAGCAGUCAAGCUCGAGUCUAAGUCAAUCGCUAAUAGAUAGCAGGACGAGUUCUGGAUUAAGUCUCUCGGACAUUUCGAAUUCGAGUUCUUUUUCUGAGUUUCUCAACGAAGUGGAGAGAAAAAACAACGAAAGCAGUGGUGAAGAAAUAGAUUGGUCUCCUCAAUCAGACAUGAGUAAUGUUUCAAAUUCUUGUGAGAAUGAUAGAGAAGGGAGAUGUUUUCUUGAACUGGCUACUUGUACCACUAGGGUAAGAGGGCGACAAGCAAGUGAAGACGUUUGUAAGAUGAUUUUGCGUAACCGAGAAACUGAGCUCGAAUGGCUCGAUGACCGCAACGCGGUUUCAAAGUUCUCCCAUCGCGGGUGCCGACGUCUUCAGUAUAUGCUUAGAAUCCGAAGUUUGGAAAGGUGCAUUGCCAUUCAAGAAAGAUAUAUGUCGAAAUCAGCAACAUCAGGUGUAAACCGGUCUUUGCGAGGAUCUAGUGUGAUGAAUCACAGGGAUAAAUACAAGACAAAAACUGAGAAGGGGUCUUGGGAAAAUUUGAAUAGCGCGGGAGAAACUAAAAAGUUAUCUAGACCAGUAUCUUUUCGGAUGAAGAGGGUGUGUAAAAUGGCCUGCAAAACAGGAGAUAAGAAUGUUUUGCAAGAAAAAAUGGAGAAUAGUAACACGAGGAAGAACUAUGAAGCUGCAAGCAAUAUGAACAGUUCAAAGAAACAUGAAAUUGAGGGGAAAGCUACAGAAGAAGGAGAAGGGUUGAGAAAAGGUAUGGUGAAGGAAAGUGAAGAAACGAACAAGUCUUCAUUUAGUACUGCAGAGAAAGUGAAUCUUUGGGAUUCUAAGGGGAGACCUAAUAGGAUAAGAACGAUGGGGAAAGCUAAAGACGAGGAAAAAGCUGCAAGAGGAGUCAUUGAUGAUGUGAAGACUGUAGAGAGAAAUAAAGAAAUGCGGAAGAACGAAGAAGUUAGUAUUUGUGAAAAUGGUGAAACCAUGGAGAUUGAGGAAUAUAGAACCAACCCUCAAGAAGUUACAUCAGUGGUUUGUUUGGAGCAAAGAGAGGGAGAAGAAAUUGCAAGUCACAUCUUUAGAGAGAACGGUAAAGAGGAAAAAUCUUCACAAAACGAUAAAGAAAUAUCAAAAGCCAAGAAGCAAGAAGGGUCGGAAUCAUUAUGUAUGAUUCUUGAAACACCAAUAUUUCUAAGUGAUUGGGAUGAAAAUGUAACGGAAUAUAAAGAAUAUGAAGAUUACAAUGGAGAGAGUAUGUAUUAUGAUUGGAUUAGCGAUAUAUCACGCCCACGAAGCUAUUGGGAAGCUCUCAAGAAACAACGGGAGCUCGAGGUUAUGAACAAGAGUCCAGAGAAAGAUGAUAUGCGGAACUUAAUCGAGAUAAGGACAGUUUCUGGCUUCCUCGCAAGUGAGUUUCGGGAAAAGAUUGACAAAAUCAUGAUCUCACGCAUGCAAAAAAAGAGGUUAGAAGUAGAAAGCAAUCUUGUAGAAGAAGACGAAGAUAACGAGGAGAGCUUGGGUGAGUGUUCAGCAAGGUACCAAGAGGACCUAGAAGAAACUGAAACAGAGAAGGUAGAUCUUGAACCAAUAACUGAAACACAGAUGAUAUGUGAUCUCAGGCAACAAAUCAAACAGCUUCAAAGAGAAAUGUUCGAACUACAAAGUUUAGUCAAAUCUUGCGUCGAUUUCCAGAAAUCCAUGAAAUGUGAAUCACUUUCUGUAUCAGAUUCUCUGGAAAGAAACUGUUCUGUCUGCUUGGAGAUGCCUAUAGACUCACUUCUCUAUAGGUGCGGACAUAUGUGCACCUGUCUGAAAUGUGCUCAUGAGCUUCAGUGGAGUAGUGGGAAAUGCCCGAUCUGUAUGGCUCCAAUUGUAGAUGUUGUGAGGGCAUUUCUUGAUUCUUAG